GUUGUGAGGGUUCUUCCUCAUUUAGUUGUUGCAUCUGUGCAGUGAAGACCUGUUUGCAAGAGACAGCUCAUCUGAUCCCAAAUCGAACAUGGAUGCCGAUAUCAUGGAGAACAUCUUUCUUCUAGUGUUGGUUACCCUAAUAAGCGUUCUUCAAAAUGCGUUCUUUGCUCUGAAGGUUGAGAAAGAAUGCACAUCCCAAAAUACGAAGGCUGCUGCAUUUGAACGACUGUCAUGUGCCAAACGAAAUUGCAUGGACACAUAUCCCACAUUCCUGGCUGUCAUGUGGUGUGCUGGUAUCUGCCUCAGUCAGGCUCCAGCAGCAUUUGCAGGAGCAGUGUACCUGUUCGCACGGCAGAAGUACUUCGUUGGGUACAUGGGCCAAACAUGUCAGGGAACCCCGGGUUAUCUGUUUGGGAAACGUAUGCUUUCCUUCCUGUUCCUAAUGUGUGUGGUGGGCAUCUUGAACUAUCUGCUGGGCCAAUACUGUGGAAGUGACUACAAGGAAUACAUACAGACCAUCACCAAGGCCGCCUCUCCCCUUCUUCUGAUUCCCUGAGCUCUACACCAGCAGCUGCGCAGAAUGACUUCAGGGUUUUGCCGUCAGAUCUUUGUGUUGAUGCAGACAUGUGCAGGCUUUUUUGAUCAGGGAUUUCGUGUGAAAAUUGAUGUGAAUAAAACCAGUUUUCUUUGCAAGUU